CCAAUGACCCAGCCCAAACUCUUAAUUUUCCCCCAGCAAAAGAGAUUGAAAGGAUCUAGUCUCUACUCUCCAUUAGAAGUAUAGUACUGAGCGAACAGUGAAAAGUGUGCUUGGUAGAACCUGGUGAAAAGAACUAGCUCAGUAGAACACUGUGUAGCCAGCCAUGGCCUUGAAAGAUGUCAUUGCCAGAAGGGUCCUGGAUGAGAUGCUGGGCAAGCUGUGCAAAGAAGGACAAUGGAAGGUACUCAUUCUGGACACACUCUCCACUCGCAUUAUCUCUGCUUGUUGCAAAAUGAGCGAUGUAAUGGCCAAAGGAAUCACUCUGGUGGAGAGUCUGUCUAAGUCCCGCCAACCACUCCCUCACCUGGAGGCCAUCUAUGUCGUGGUACCCAGUGAAGAGAACAUCGAGGCCAUCAAGAAGGACUACAGUGGAACCUCUCCCAUGUACAAGGCAGCUCACAUCUUCUUCUUGGAGAAGGUUCCCACAACGCUCUUCUCAAAGCUUGGGGCAAGCAAAGCUGCUAAAAAGAUAGCCACCAUCAAAGAAGCCAACAUGGCCUUUCUGCCAUACGAAUCCAAUGUCUUCACACUGGACUAUCCUAGUGCCUUUGGUGACUUCUACUCUCCUGGAUCUUCUGCCAGCAAGAAGGAAAUGGCCGAGAGGAUUGCUGAUCAGGUGGCCACCGUGUGCGCCAUGUUGGGAGAGUACCCAAUCGUCAGAUACCGCAAUGAUGUGGAUCACCUGGUUGAGAUUGCCGAGGCUGUGCAGAGCAAACUAGAUGCUUUCAAAGCAGACAAGAGAGACUUGGGAACAGGCCACGACAAAGCUAUGUCCCAGCUCAUCAUCUUGGACAGGGGUUUUGAUGUAGUGUCUCCCAUUCUGCACGAGCUCACCUACCAGGCCAUGGCCUACGAUCUGCUCAAAGUGGAGAAUGAUGUCUACACCUAUAAGGCGGCAACUGUUGGAGGAGCUCAGAAAUCUAGAGAUGUCAUUCUAGAUGAGAAUGAUGACCUUUGGGUGCAGCUGAGACACGAACACAUUGCUGAUGUCUCAAGGGAAGUGGCUGAAAAGUUCAAGGAGUUUGGAGAAAAGAAACAUCUCAAGAAACAUGGAGACAAAGAGCUGCUAUCCAUCAAGGACCUCUCUCGCUACAUCAAGAAUGUCCCCCAGUACCAGAAGGAGCUGAGUGUGUACUCUCUCCACCUGAACAUGGUGGACACAUUGCUGAGUCGCUACCGGCAGGGUGGAGAUAGUAGUGUGUCUAAAGUGGCCAAAGUUGAGCAGAACCUUGCCACUGGGACUGAUGCAGCCGGUGACCCCAUCACUGACCCCAUGGCUGACAUGAUGCCACUCCUCUUCUCAAAGGAUCUCUCAUACCAAAGGAAAGCUCGUCUACUCGUUCUUUAUAUCCUCUUUAAGAAAGGUGUUAGCCGUGAUGACUUCUCCAAGCUCAUGCAGCAUUCUGAACUGCCACUCAAUGAGAGGAAGGUGAUCUUGAACCUGAUGCACCUCGGCCACAAGAUACUGGCUGAGGAGAAAGUGAGUGUCCCCAAGCAUCGGAUCAAGCCCAAGGAGCGACCAGGAGAGAAGUACGAGGUGUCACGAUGGUCACCACUGCUGCAGGACAUUGCAGAGUAUGCCGCCGAGGGUAAGCUGGAUGAGAGCUAUGCUCCCUGUUUCCGUGGGAAAGCACCUCGCCCUACCUCUGGGGCCAACUUUGGUGGUGGCUCCGUGUCUGGCACUUCUGUUGGGGGUGCCAGUGGAGCUGUUCCCGGCACCAGUGUGCGACAAAGGUGGAACUGGAUCCCUGGCCAGAAACAGGAGGGAGCCUCUCCCUCCAAAGGAGGGGCAACAGCUUCUGCUCCUGUCAAGAGAGGUGGACCAACUAUCAUCAUCUUCGUAGUGGGAGGGAUGACCUACUCUGAGAUGAGGGCGGCAUACGAGGCCUCCGCUGCCACCAACUGUGAGGUCAUUAUUGGCUCCACCCACAUUGUCACUCCCACUCGCUUCAUGGAUCAACUGAAGAGCCUGCAACCUCUCGUGGCCACAUAGAGACAAGAUACUUGGACGUUAUUGUAGCUCUUAUAAAUAUAGUGUAUGUAUUAUAGUGAUUGUACAGACACAAACUAUUGACUAUCAGAAUGAAUAUUUUAAGCAUUCAUGUGUGUUUGUUUUGUGCAAUUUUCAUUUACUUUAUGUUGUAAAGAUAAUUAUGCUUAUAAAUGCUGUAUAUGUUUGGUCGUACAGACUGUUUAAUCAACCAUACAUGGGAACAAUUUC